CAGCGAUCUAGAUCGAUCAACAGCGCUAAGGGUACGGGACCCAAGUUUAGCACGCCCGAAGGGGUUAUCGUUUUCUAUAAUAGUUACGUCCAGAUUUUCCUUCAGGAACUUUAUAAGUUUAUUAGUCACUGCCGCGGUAUGAUUCGUAAGAUAGUGACCGCCGCUGAGUCUAUACGGCUCGAGCAGCUAGGGGAGUUCGAGAUGCCCGAUGAGAAUAAUGAGGCGGAUUUUAAGAGCGGCUCCACUACAUCCAUUGUUCAAAAGGAUAAGGGUGGCAGGCAAGGAAAGUGGGUGCCGGGUCUACAUUCCUCAAACACGGGGCAGGUGCGGCCUAGAAUGCUUAUGAAGGCUAUCAGGGGACAUUUGGCCCACGCAGGCUCCGGAACUCUAAGUCUGGAUAACUCGGUCGAUGGCUACCUUCCACCAGAUAUCUGGGAAGAUCUUGACAAGAGCCUCGACGAUGUUUAG